AUGCGAUUUACUGUGCAUAGAGCUGCGAAGGGACCGCAAGCUAGGGAAUUUGCCGAGGCAAUGGAACGCGAGGCACGGAAGUGUAUUCAAACUUCUAGUGUUGGGUGGCAUCAAGUCAACAAUGUCAAGACGCUAUGUGUUCUUGUCGACUAUAUGGCAAGUUAUGGUCAUGGGCGGCAAGCAUGGAUGGAUAUCGACUGUGAACUUGAGAUGGAACAAACCCAAGCGCUGACCAUCGCCGAGCGGUAUCUGACCAUUGCACAAGCAUCUCAUUGCUUGGGCCACCGCCACUUGCAGCCUUCCCACAGUCGACAAACUAAAAGGCCAAGGCUUGAAUGCGCACCAUGCCCCGAAGACUGUCCGCACUUAGUAGAAUUGUUAGAGGUUCUUGCUUGUAUUCACCAACUGUGUCUGGUUCCAUUUAGGGAGCAGAAUCCGCUACCUUGGACCCCCGAUUCAGAAUUUCGAGCUCUGCAGGAUGAGCUUGAAGAAUAUCUCCUCCGCCACCCCAGCACAUUCCGGUUCGGCUCCAAUUCUCCCUCGGCGCAGCCGUCCAGGUUGGGAGACCUGGACGCGUCGAUCUCCUCCAUAAUAUGGCAUUGCUGUGUCAUCGUACUCAACAGGAACUUUCUUCCUAUACCCGAAAGACGGCCCAAUCCUGCUGCAGAUGGAGCAUUAUACCCACCGGCUCGCUCUCUCGACUUUCCCGAGGCACCACCACUAUUUCUCAAAGAAAGAAUAUAUCGCUGCGAGUCUAGCGCAGAUGCAAUAUGCGACAUCUCACAGGACAUAAUCAGGAAUGGCGGAUUUUACUCGCAUGCAUUGUUCGUCGGAUAUGCCUGCACGCAGAGUGCACUGGUAUCUAUCAACCGCAUACACCGUUCACCGAAGCCAUACGAUGGUCGAAUUGUGGACAACUUGAAGCUUGCAUUCGUUAUACUAGGGGCUCUCCAACCCUUCUAUACCCCGGCGCAAGAAUGGAUGAAUCUUCUUUUCCGUGCCCACGACACCAAUUAUGCAUCUGAGAUAAGCGAUCACUCAUUUGACAACUACUUCAGUAGAUUCCUCAACAUCGAGGAGCCGACCUUCAUGCCACUACAGCCAAAGACCAGCGAUACUACAUCCGAAGAUAACGAGGGCGACGGAGAACACGGUCGAACCAAACAUGUGCAAAAUGAGGAGGAGGAAAGAGCCGACGAAACCGUGCCUGCAAAUUCUGCCCCGGAAUGGCUCCAAGCCUAUGCGGGUCAUCUGUCCGGAGACAUUGAAUCAGAUGAUGAGGAGAGCCCCGAUGAAAGUCCACGAAGCUCAGGAGUCCAUAUCGGACCAAUACCAACGCAAGGAACAAACGCCAUGACUCAAAUGGUCCCACUCGACAACCCUGGCGAGGGUCAGGAUCGAAUGAACAUGGGCAUGGGAGGAGGCACCUCGGAAAUCUUGCCGGUUCAUAUGGCCGGCGCAAUCCUCACGUCUAUGUCAGGGGGAGCGCCAAGUUUCCCCUUGCACGCACAAGAGCACCGCCAUCAACAACUUGUGCAUACGGAAUAUGAUGAACAGUGCAUGGCUAUGGACAAUCAGACUGAGUUCCCUGGGCUCUUUAGCCAGAUGCCUACGUUUGCAGACUUUUCUGAACUUGGACCCGAAAUACCUAUAUUUCCAGGACUGGAAUCGGUUGUGGGAGAAUCGGAUAUGUGGUCUGAUAUAUUCCAUAAUAACAUGUUCGAGUGA